CUCAACGUAGUUACUUACCACACUUCCUUCCCACGUCAGAAAGAGAGCGGGGAAAUUUGACAGCCUCUGGUUAUUUUCUACAAAGCAACAUUAGUUUUGACUAUUUAUUGUACAUUCGAAAAGUGGUAGUUUGGGACAGUUGGUUUCGCGAGUCAAAAAGCGGCUUAUUUAUCGAAACGAUAUCGAUCUGAGCCAAAAUGAGGACUUUAGAGGAGGUUCAGGCCACUCUGCAGAUCGCCAAACUGAAGGAGGAAGAUCUACAGAACACAAUCCACUGCCUGUCUUUUGGGGAAAACGUUUCAUCUGCUGACUACUGCUUGAUGGAGCUGGACGACACGCUGUGCAAACACAUAGAAUCUGGGGAAAGUCUAGUGAUUCGAGGGGAUACGGAUGAGCGUGCAGUGCUCUGUAGUGGUGACAAGACUUAUGAUUUAAAAAUAGCCGAUACAUCCAACAUGCUGCUGCUUGUACCAGGAUGCAGAACACCAGACCAACUAACCAACAGCCAGGAAAGCUCUCAUGUGGUGCACACUCAGAUCUGGGGAUUUUGUAACAGCUACUGGGAACUCCGGAAACACCGUCCUAAACUGAAGAAACUGAAAAAGCUUUUGAUGGAGAAUCCUUAUGAAGGACCUGCUUUAGUGGGGCAAGAGGAGAAUACAGAUAACAGGUACACAAUGCAAGAUCUGUUGGAGAGGAUCCAGGCCAGUGAAGAGGAGCUAAAGACCCACUUAGAGACCAUCCAUGCCUGUCAGAUAGAUGGCUUCUGGCGCAUGUUGGACUUUGACUACGAGAUGAAGCUGCUCGGUCAUGUGACUCAGCUGGUAGAUUCUGAGUCCUGGUCCUUCAACAAGGUUCCCCUUCAAACCAGUCUGGAAGAGUUAGCUCCACUGGAACCCAAAGAGAUGAUCGAGCACUGCUUGAACUGCUAUGGGAAACGCUAUACUGACAACGACAACAUUUUUUAUGCACUGAAUGAGGAUAAAGUAUGUCGGGGCACAGCGCUACUGCUGCUGCAAAACGCCAUCAAGUUCAACCUAAAGGAGUUUCAGGAGGUCUGGCAGCAGAGCGUUCCAGAGGGCAUGAGCACAAGACUGGACCAACUAAAGAGUGUCGCCCUGGUGGACCGCAACUCCCGACCAGAGACCAUCUCCCUGCUGCGGGUGGAGGAUCUCUCAGAAGACACGCUGGAGCGCUUCAACCACCUCUUCACACUCAGAGAGAAAUGGACUGAAGACGACAUCACGCCAUACAUACAGGACCUGUGUGGAGAGAAACAGACUACCGGAGCUCUGUUGACCAAAUAUGCUCGAUCUUCAAUGCAAAAUGGGAUCAAGGUCUUCAACUCCAGAAGGCCGGUGGCUACAUGAACAUGUGAUCUGUCCAGUUAUGAAUUAUUAGAAAAUGACUUUGGUCACGUUAUGUUAAUUCCCAGAGUGACUAUAAUUUUACAAAUAAUUUCCCCUACAAAAUCCUUGUUAGUAUUGUCAACUAUCUCAC